AUGGUUAGAGAAAUAAUAUUUUUGCAUGUGGGACAAUGUGGGAAUCAAUUAGGACAUGAGUUUUGGUCUGUUGCCAUAAAAGAACAAUUAAAUAAAAAACUGAAUGAUAAGAAAGAAUGCUUGAAUAGAAAUAUAUUUUUAAACGAUUCCAUGUCUUCUUUUUUUUUUGAAGAAUUAAAUGGAAAAAGUGAUUGUAGUCCUAAAGAGAAUUUAAAAGCUCGUGCUAUAUUGAUAGAUACGGAAACAGGAGUAGCAAAUGAAAUUAUGAAAAGUGUUAUUUCUCCUUAUAUUGAUGAAAAUAAUAUUUUUACACAGCAAUCAGGUGCAGGUAAUAAUUGGUCUCAAGGAUAUAUGUAUUAUGGUAAAAUGUAUGAAAAUAUUAUUGAUAAUAUUAUAAGAAGAAAUGUAGAAAAGUGUGAUUCUUUACAAUCAUUUUAUAUUACUUCAUCUUUAGGAGGAGGAACAGGUUCUGGAUUAGGUUCCUAUAUUUUAGAAAUGUUAUCUGAUACAUUUCGACAAAUAAAAUUUAGUAAUUGUGUUUUCCCUUCAGUAUGUGAUGAUGUUAUUACAUCUCCAUAUAAUAGUUUUUUUGCUCUAACUAAAAUUCAUGAAUUUUCUAAUUGUGUAUUACCAGUUUCUAAUGAUGCUCUGUUAAAUAUUUUAAAUAGUAAAAAAUUAAGAGAAUUUGACAAAAAUAUAAAAAAUAACAAUAUUAAUAAUAUUAAUGACAAAAAUGUACCUAUUGUUAAAAAUGAUUAUUCAAAGAUGAAUAAUAUUGUUGCUAAUGUAAUAUUAAAUUUAACUAGCUCAAUGAGGUUUGAAGGUUCUUUAAAUGUUGAUAUAAAUGAAAUAUGUACUAAUUUAAUACCUUAUCCAUUCUUUAAUUUUUUACUUUCCUCUUUAAGUCCAUGUAUAGAAUCAGAAAGUAUAAGAACAUUUGAUCAUUUGUUUAAAAAUGUGUUAAGUCAUAAUAAUCAAAUGCUUAUUGCUAAUCCUAAAGAUGGACUUAGUUUAUCUAUGGCAUUUCUAGUAAGGGGUAAUAUAAACAUAUCUGAUGUCACCAAGAAUGUUUUGUUAAUUAAAAAUAAUUUAAAUAUUUUAAAAUACAAUAAGGAUGCCACAAAAAUUGGCAUCUGUAAUGUGUCCCCUUUAAAUCAACCAUAUAGUUUAUUAUGUUUAAUAAAUUCUUGUGAAAUAAGAAAUACAUUUCUACAAAUACUAGAAAGAUUUAAUAAAUUAUUUAAAAGGAAAGCUCAUUUACACCAUUAUUUAGAAUAUUUAUCAAUGGAUGAUAUUUUAGAAUUUAAAGAAAAAAUACAAAACUUAAUUUUCGAAUAUAGUUACAUACAGAAAAAUUUAUUUUGUUCUCCAAAAUUUUUAAAUAAAAAAGCGAUCAAUAUGUUAGGUUAUGACAUAUGUGAACAAUGUGAUGAUAAUAUUACUAAGAAUGAUAACAUAGAUCUAGAUAUUACUGUUUGUCCUUAUUAUUUAAAAUCAAAAAUGAAAAAAUUCGAUAAAACCGUCAACUGGUUUGAUUUUAAAAAUAAGCCAAUCAUAUAA